CACAGACAAUUUAAAUCAUAAAACGUUGUAUGCUUAUGCAUUGCAUUCAGGUGUUCUUGCUAUUUUUUCAUUACGACUAUUCGUAUUUGAGGAAGACGGAAUGGUGCAGGGUGAACGAAGCAAGAGAAAGCGUUCUAUAAUUUCUGAUAACCAACUGCAAUUUGUUGUUUAUAACGCAAGUACAUUUGCUGUGCAAAGUGAAACUUCAAAUAAACCAACUCAAAGUGGAACAUCAAAUAAACUGACUCACCAUGAAAUUUCUUAUGAAACUUAUAAAAACUCUAAUGAAGAAAUAUACGAAAUUACUUAUGAUACUCUUCAAGAAACCUCUUAUGAAACUCCUCAAGAUAACCAAAAUGAAAAUGUGACAACUCCGCCACCAUCAUCACCUUUACCUCCACCAAUUCUGUUUACUUCAACAUUUGAUACUUCAGCACUUGCAUCACAACGUGUUGCUAUUUUAUCAACAGAUGCUCACCAAUUCCAACAAUCACAAAGCAAAUGGGGCUCAAGCUGGAUGUGA